GAACACUUUUGUGCCUCCAAUAUGAAGGUAUUCGUAAUCACAUUGUUGUGCGCAAUUGCGAGCUGCGCCGCAGGAGGAUCCGUAGCAUGGCCUGGUGCCAUCGCAGUAUCCUCCCCCGUCCUGAAGACUAUAAUCCCAGGGGAGACCAAGACUACUGCCUAUUCCACAACACAAUACAUUAAUGCGGUACCAACAUCGUAUGCAUUCGCGCAACCUCAAUUGGCAUACCAUGGCGUGCCACAAUACAACAGCUUCGCGUCCCUACAACCAGCGUACUACCCCAUAGCAGCGCACUCGUAUAUUCCUACUGCGAAUGUCUUCUAUCCUUCUGCAGCCUCAUUUUCUCCAGUGUUGGCUUCUGGCUUCCCAUCAGCUCCAGGCUAUCCUAGCGCUCCUGAAAGCAGUCCUGCCCCUGCUCCUGCUUACCCUGGAAGCUCACCGAGCCCACCUUCUUCGCCAGCUGGGGACGCCGAUUCCGCCGUGGUAGACUCAGCGGAUUAUAACGCUGAUCAACAGAGACAACAAGAACCAGCAUCUACUCCUUCUCCUCAACCUCCAGCACCAGAACCCACUCAGCCAGCUCCGCAGUUCCCUCCUUUCCCUCCUUCCAACACAUUCCCCAAUUUCCCAAAUUUCCCCCAACUGCCUCAAGGGUCUGGACAGAUUCCCUCGUUCCCCCAACUUCCCCAGCUUCCAGUACCACAAUACCCAGACAAUAUUUACCUUCAGGGACCAUCCUCGCCACCUUCCAGUUUUCCUGGAGCCAACAACGAAGACAAAGGUCUAAAUGACGCAGACACUGUAUCUGUAGAAUCUGCUUAAAAUACAUUUGCUUUUGUCCACUAAAACUUUCAAACGUAAUAAAUCAGUACAUUUUUGUGAUAGUAUUAGUUUUCUAUUAUUUUAUGAAAGUG